CACCUGCCUCUGUAUGCUUAGCUACCUACCUUGGUUUGAAGUGUUUUACAAACUUCUGAACAACCUGGCUGACUAUCUGACCAAGGGACAGACCAAUGAGAUGCGAGAACUGCUGGGCGCCCUCUACACACAUCCCCUGCCAUUGGCUGUCGGCUCUGUCACUCUGCAGCUGGGAGAGAAGCUAUUGGUCAGGACAGAGAUGCCCCGCCCUCCUGGACAUGCCCCCCUCACUCCGGGGAAGGGGCAGGAAGGGGUCCCGUACUUCAUCGCUCCAGACCCCAGAGGACUCCCUUCCAUCCCUGAGAGUAGGAACCUGACAGAGUUGGUGGUAGCGGUAGAUGUGUCUAACCUCCUCCAGCUCUAUGCCAGCAUGUUGUUUGAGAGACGCAUCCUCAUCCUCUCCAGCAAACUCAGCACAUUGACAGCGUGUGUUCAUGCCCUCAGUGCUGUGCUCUACCCCAUGUACUGGCAACACAUCUUCAUACCUGUCCUGCCCCCACACCUACUGGACUACUGCUGUGCUCCGAUGCCCUUCCUCAUAGGAGUCCACUCCAGUCUGACAGAGAGAGUGAGAAGCCGGGGGUUAGAGGACGUGGUGAUUCUGAAUGUAGACACCAACACUGAUUGAUUGAGUCUCCC